UAUUACACCAACUGUUUGCAACACUGGCAGAUACACAGACUGCGUUGUGCAGCACUACAACAAUUGGUGAUUUAGCGUUUUUUCGGCAUAAAAGAAAAUCUGUGAACUAUUGAAAGGUGUAUUUUUUGAACGUAUUCAUUAUCGGAAAAAUCAAGGUAGAAAAAUGAGUCUCACGUCCGCUGCAGGGAUAAUAUCCCUACUCGAUGAGCCGAUGCCAGAUCUCAAGGUGUUUGCCUUGAAGAAGCUGGACAAUAUUGUGGAUGAGUUCUGGCCAGAGAUAUCCGAGUCCAUUGAGAAGAUUGAAAUGCUGCAUGAGGACCGAGCAUUUCCCGAGAACAAACUAGCUGGUAUGGUUGCAUCCAAGGUUUUCUAUCAUCUCGGCUCCUUUGAGGAUGCUCUCACAUAUGCAUUGGGAGCGGGCGAUCUGUUCGAUGUGAAUGCUCGCAAUGAGUACACAGAGACAAUCAUUGCCAAGUGCAUUGAUUUCUAUAUUGCGCAGCGCGUUGAGUUCAUUGAGAAUCCCAAGGAGGCGAAACCAGUUGACGAACGUCUGGAGGGAAUUGUGAAUCGCAUGAUUCAGCGUUGCCUGGACGACAAUCAGUUUCGUCAGGCACUUGGCAUUGCCCUGGAGACACGUCGCAUGGACAUUUUCGAGGUGUCCAUCAUGAAGUCCGAUGAUGUGCGUGGCAUGCUCGCCUAUGCCUACAAUGUGACCAUGUCACUCCUACAAAAUCGUGGAUUCCGCAACCAAGUGCUACGUUGCCUGGUGGGACUCUAUCGUGAUCUGGGCGUGCCCGACUACGUUAAUAUGUGCCAGUGCUUGAUCUUCCUGGAGGAUCCUCUGGCAGUUGCCGAAAUGCUGGACAAACUCACUCGCUCCUCGGUUGAAGCCAAUAAUUUGAUGGCCUACCAAAUUGCAUUUGAUUUGUAUGAGUCAGCCACGCAAGAGUUCCUUGGCAAUGUGCUGCAGGCUCUCAAGGAUACAGCACCCAUCCCAACAGCACUGCCCAGCACCUUCAAGCCUCAGGGCACCACAGCAGCCGGAGGCAGCGAUCCAGCAACCAAAUCCGAUGAUGAGAAGACCAAGUUACUUGGCGAUGAGAGCAGCAUCGAGGAUAAAGAAGGCGAUGCCAAGAUCGAACGCACCAUCGACUCAUUGAAUGAUAUGGAAAAGCUGCAUCAGAAGAACAUUGAAAAGCUUAUUUCGAUUCUCUCCGGCGAGGUAUCCAUAGAUCUGCAGCUGCAGUUCCUCAUACGCAGCAACCACGCUGACUUGCAGAUUCUGCGUGGCACCAAGGAGGCAGUGCGUGUGUCCAUCUGCCACACAGCGACCGUCAUUGCGAAUGCCUUCAUGCACAGCGGUACCACCUCCGAUCAGUUCCUGCGCGACAAUCUCGAUUGGCUGGCCAGGGCAACGAAUUGGGCCAAGUUAACGGCCACCGCCUCCUUGGGCGUCAUACAUCGCGGUCACGAGAAGGACUCGCUGGCGCUAAUGCAAAGCUAUUUGCCCAAGGAAGCUGGUCCCAGCUCCGGGUAUUCUGAAGGCGGUGCUCUGUACGCCUUGGGUCUGAUCCAUGCCAACCAUGGCGCCAAUAUCAUUGACUAUUUGUUGCAACAGCUGAAGGAUGCCCAGAAUGAGAAUGUUCGUCAUGGCGGAUGUCUGGGCUUAGGCUUGGCUGGCAUGGGCACUCAUCGUCAGGAUUUGUACGAGCAGCUGAAGUUCAAUUUGUACCAGGACGAUGCUGUUACCGGCGAGGCGGCGGGCAUUGCCAUGGGUAUGGUUAUGCUGGGCUCCAAGAAUGCCCAGGCCAUCGAGGAUAUGGUUUCGUAUGCGCAGGAAACGCAGCAUGAAAAGAUUCUACGUGGUCUGGCUGUGGGCAUAUCACUGACCAUGUUCUCGCGCCUGGAAGAGGCGGAUCCGCUUGUCACCAGUCUGUCUACCGACAAGGAUCCCGUCCUGCGUCGUUCGGGCAUGUACACCUUGGCCAUGGCAUACAACGGCUCUGGCAGCAACAAGGCUAUACGGAAGCUGCUGCACGUUGCCGUCUCUGAUGUGAAUGACGAUGUGCGUCGCGCUGCCGUAACGGCCAUUGGUUUCAUUCUGUUCCGCACUCCGGAGCAGUGUCCAUCCGUGGUUAGUCUGCUGGCCGAGUCCUAUAAUCCGCAUGUACGCUAUGGUGCCGCCAUGGCAUUGGGCAUUGCUUGUGCCGGGACUGGACUGCGUGAGGCUAUUGCUCUGCUGGAGCCAAUGGUCAAAUUUGAUCCUGUGAAUUUUGUGCGUCAGGGUGCACUUAUCGCAUCUGCGAUGAUCCUCAUACAGCACACAGAUCAGAGCUGCCCCAAGAGCACUUUCUUCCGCCAGCUAUACGCCGAGGUCAUUAGCAACAAGCACGAGGAUGUUAUGGCCAAAUAUGGUGCCAUCUUGGCUCAAGGUAUCAUUGAUGCUGGUGGUCGCAAUGCUACGCUCUCCUUGCAAUCGCGCACUGGACACACCAAUCUGCAAGCUGUGGUCGGCAUGCUGGCCUUCACCCAGUACUGGUACUGGUUCCCACUUGCCCACACCCUUUCACUGGCAUUUACGCCCACUUGUGUAAUUGGUCUGAAUUCAGAUCUGAAGAUGCCCAAGAUGGAGUACAGAUCUGCGGGGAAGCCAUCUCUGUACGCUUAUCCAGCACCGCUGGAGGAGAAGAAGAGCGAGGAGCGCGAGAAAGUGGCCACGGCCGUUUUAUCGAUUGCAGCUCGACAAAAGAGACGCGAGAAUGCCGACAGCAAGAAGGAAGAUGAAAAGAUGGAUGUCGAUGAGGACAGCAAAGAAGGAACUGCUGCCGGCAGCAAAAAGGACGAUGAGAAAUCCGAAACAGCUGCCAAGCCAGAAGAAAAGCCAGUGGAUGAGUCCAAGCCGAAGAAGAAGGAUGAUAAGGAAAAGGAAAAGGACAAGAAGAAGGAUGAUGAAAAGGAUAAAGAAGCCGGCAGCAGCACCAGCGCAAGUGCGGAUAAAGAAAAGGAAAAGAAGGAUAAAAAGGAGCCUGAGCCCAAUUUUGAAAUCCUACAAAAUCCAGCACGUGUGCUUCGCCAGCAAUUAAAGGUGCUCAGUGUCAUUGAUGGACAGUCUUAUGAGCCAAUGAAGGAUGUGACAAUCGGUGGCAUCAUCGUGUUCCAGCACAACGGCAAAGCUGAGGAACAGGAACUCGUUGAACCGGUAGCUGCUUUUGGACCCAUGAAUGAUGAUGAGAAGGAACCCGAGCCACCAGAGCCAUUUGAAUACAUUGAAGAUUAAAUGGGCAUGUUGUUUGUCAUUAUCUAAGCGAAAUUGUUCUGAUUUUCAUCUAUAUCUAUAUAUAUAUACAAUGUAUUUUUCACCAAAAUUACUAUACAGAAAUAAUAACAAAUACACAGAGUUAAUGCUAAUUCGUAAUUACACAUAAUAAAUGUUCAUCACUCAUGAUGUAAAAUAAUA